UCGUCAUUUUGAGUGAAGCUCAGUGUGAGCUAAGCUGAGCGGAGCAGAGAGAGAGAGAGAGAGAGAGCGAGAGAGAGAGAGAGAGAGAGCUCGAAGAACUCAUCCAUGGAGACCAGAAUCUCUGCCUCUCUCGGCCUCCCUUCCCCAAACCCAAACCACCAUUCAAAUUCCCUCCAUUUUACAAACCUCUUCACCCACUUCACCAAUCCCCAAACCACCCAAAAUGCGCAGAACUCCAUUUCUCUCCUCCCCUUUGCCUCGGCCUCAGCCUCAGCCUCAGCCUCCACGACUCCCAAGUCCCCGAAUUGGCUCAAACCCACGUCACGAGACAGCCCCAAAGUCAAAUCUCUCCUCAAGAACCUAACCGUCUUCGAGCGGGCGCUCAUCGGCGCCGGUGGAGGAGGAAUCGCCGGAGCUUUCACCUACGUCUGUCUGCACCCGCUCGACACCAUCAAAACCAAGAUGCAGACCAAAGGAGCCUCCGAGAUUUACCGGAACGCUUUCGACGCCGUGGUCAAGACCUUCCAGACCAAAGGGAUCCUAGGGUUUUACAGCGGCGUAUCGGCGGUGAUCGUCGGCUCCACCGCUUCUUCCGCCGUGUAUUUUGGUACCUGCGAGUUCGGCAAAUCGAUCCUAUCUAAAUUCCCGAAUUACCCAUCUGUCCUCAUACCUCCGACCGCCGGAGCGAUGGGGAAUAUAAUCUCGUCGGCGAUAAUGGUCCCGAAGGAAUUGAUCACCCAGAGAAUGCAAGCUGGUGCGAAAGGAAGAUCUUGGCAGGUCUUGCUGAGCAUUUUGCAGAAAGAUGGAGUUCUGGGUCUCUACGCGGGCUACUCGGCGACACUGCUGAGGAAUUUGCCUGCUGGGGUUUUGAGCUAUUCCUCGUUUGAGUAUCUGAAAGCUGCCGUGUUGAGCAGCACGAAGCGGAGCAAUCUGGAGCCAAUUCAGAGCGUGUUCUGUGGGGCUUUGGCGGGUGCAAUUUCGGCUUCCAUUACGACGCCGCUUGAUGUUGUGAAGACGAGGUUGAUGACUCAGGCUCAUGUGGAAGCCGUUAGUAGAGUCUCUGCUGCUAUGUACAGUGGGGUUUCGACUACUGUGAAGCAGAUUUUGAAAGAAGAAGGGUGGGUUGGGUUCACACGUGGAAUGGGUCCUAGAGUUCUUCACAGUGCUUGUUUUUCUGCUCUGGGUUACUUUGCAUUUGAGACCGCUAGGCUUGCGAUAUUGAAUCAGUACAUCAAGCACAAGGAAUUGCAAGAACUCUCUUUUGUUGCUUCAUGAUCGGUGUAUUAUCUUCUUUGGUGAAUUUUUCUAUUCCUUUUGAUUACUUCGAGUCACAUUUUUGCUUCCCUUUAGAAUCAGAUUCUGCUCUGUUUUGUUUAUGCAUUUGUAUACGUACGCAUAUAUUUAACAUAAUUCUCUUCAUAAUGGCUAUGUAAUUUGUUUCUUGAUAAUAUAAAAUAAUAGUUUGAGA